UCCACAGGCACGACGUUGCUUGCCCGGUACAACCCGGUGAAGAGGAUUGGUACCACAAUCUCAAUAAAAAACGAUUUAGAUGGAGAGAGGGGUUAUCGGAAGGAAAAUAGGUUGCAUCUCGGCGUUUCAAAUUCAUAUUUAUUUUCUUUCUGAUAGGCUACUUCUCACUGUGCUGGUCGGAAUCCAUGGCUGCUGCUGAACGGCAGGUGUAUUGUUGAGAGCGUUUACUUGUUUAUGGCGGUGUUUAAUAUAGUUGAAAGAUGGGUCGAAACAAACCAAACCGAUUUCAUCAGGAAAUGGAUGCUGGUAUCGGGAGGAAAGCGUUAUCAGGGUGCGUAUAGAGAGCUUUCAGUAAGGCUGCGGUGCAAGAGAACGAGAGAGUACAGUCCUUGUACUUAACAUCCAUUUAAAUAUAAAUGAUUUCAGGGUACAUAUCGAACAAAUAUGCCCGUCUCCUCGGUUAAUGGAUCCAAGGGGAUGUCCAUUGCGCCUCUAUUCGUGUAUCGUGUAGCUUAGUGUCAUUUUAAUAACAAGUAGGCUAGGCUAUACCGAUACAUUGUUGAAAAUAAAGCGAUAAAUACAGUAAUAGUUAUAUGCAAGUGGCUUGGACACAAGAGUAGUAACACCAGGACAGCCCAUUUCUCCUCAGUGAGAGCCUUUAUUCACGCCAGUAAACUGCUGCAUCGAGCAGCAAUAACCCGGUUCUGUUGCCAAAAUGAUGGAGCUUCAGAUCGACGAGGUGGUGUACCAGGACGAUUAUGGCUCCGUGUCGGUGAUGUCGGAGCGUGUGUCGGGCCUGGCCAACAGCAUUUAUCGGGAGUUCGAGCGUCUGAUCCGUAGCUACGACGAGGAGGUGGUGAAAGAGCUGAUGCCAUUGGUGGUGAACGUGCUGGAGAAUCUUGAUGCUGUACUUACGGAAAACCAGGAGCACGAGGUGGAACUCGAAUUGCUCAAGGAAGACAACGAGCAGCUGAUCACCCAAUACGAGCGUGAGAAGGCACUGCGCAAACAAGCUGAGGAGAAAUUCAUCGAGUUUGAGGAUGCCUUGGAGGCGGAGAAGAAGGACCUGCAGACUCAGGUGGAGAGCCUGGAACUCCAGAGCAAGCAGCUGGAGCUCAAGUCCAAAAACUAUGCGGAUCAGAUAUCGCGGCUGGAGGAGCGGGAGUCCGACAUGAAGAGGGAGUACAACGCUCUUCAUCAGCGGCACACAGAGAUGAUUCAGACGUAUGUGGAACACAUUGAAAGGUCCAAGAUGCAGCAGGUUGGGAGCCAGUCGGAGGGCACCGGUGGUGGAAGAACUCAGCGUCACACAUGGAGGAAAAGCAAGACGGAGCGGCCGCCAUCGCUCAGCCUGUUCCCCAGCGCAGAGGGGACGGUACGUGGGUGUCAGGGGGGGGCUAGGAUGACGCCCGGGUCUGACGUCUGGCAGGUCUGCGAGCUCAGCCGCCCGCGAUCCGUCUCCAGCUACAAGGAGGAUGAAUCCGAAUCAGACCAGUCCUCUGUGGCAGCCACACCCAGCAGCACGGGCACCAAGUCCAACACCCCCACCUCCUCUGUGCCCUCAGCCAGCGUCACGCCCUUGAAUGAGUGCUUCCAUUCCAUGUCCGAGUUUGAGGCAGUGCGCAGCAACAACCGGAGGAAGGGUGGCAAACACCUCAGCAGGAACAUGGAGGUGCAGGUCUCUCAGGAGACCAGGAACGUUAGCAUCGGGAUGGGCAGCAGUGAUGAAUGGACAGAGUUCCAGGAGAUCAUUGAUUCCACUCCAGAGCUGGACAUGUGUGUGGACCCACGUCUCUACGGUGGGGGAAACAGCCCCACUCAAGGGAUUGUCAAUGAGGCCUUUGGCAUCAACACAGACUCGCUGUACCACGAGAUCAAGGACGCCAAGUCUGACAUCAUUGGGGAUGUGGAUGCUGGGGCAGAGUUGCUUGGAAUGGGGAAAGAAGUGGAGAACCUCCUCACAGAAAACAAAGAGCUCCUGGAAACCAAGAAUGCCUUGAACAUUGUGAAGAAUGACCUGAUUGCCAAGGUGGACGAGCUGUCCAGCGAACAGGAGGUCUUAAGAGAGGAGCUGGAGGCUGUGAAACAGUCCAAGACUAAGGUGGACACCAGGGUCAAAGAGCUGGAAGAGGAGCUCAAGAGGCUGAGAGCAGAGGCACUGGGAGCAACACAGGACUCUAAGGAGGAAGGUGGCGAUGAUUACUCGUCUCCGCUCCAGGACGAUGUUCCGAUGGCACAGCGGCGACGCUUCACGCGGGUGGAGAUGGCCCGGGUCCUGAUGGAGCGGAAUCAGUACAAGGAGAGGCUGAUGGAGCUGCAGGAAGCCGUGCGGUGGACUGAGAUGAUCCGAGCAUCCAGAGAGAGUCCCCAGAUGCAGGAAAAGAAGAAAUCCACUAUCUGGCAAUUCUUCGCCCGGCUCUUCAGUACGUCCGCCAGCCCGCCCCCGGCCAAGCGGCUCUACACCAGCGUCAACAUCCACUAUAAGUCACCCUCACCGGCCGGCUUCCAGCAGCGCCGCAGCCACACCAUGUGCCAGAUCUCCACCGCCAACCGCACGCUGGAAUUCUUCCCUGAAGACCUGGCCAGUAACGGUGUCGCGUCUCUCCUCAGCGAAGGCGCGCUGUCCGUGCGGCGGGAGCAGCGGCGCGAGCAGUACCGGCAGGUGCGCGAGCACAUGCUGAGGGACGAUGGGCUGGUGCAGGCCUGCGGCUGGAGCCUCCCGCCGCGCUUCAAACAGACAGGCCCUCUGCUGGAGCACUCGCAGGAGGGGCCCCUGAAGAAGCACCAGCUGAGCCCCAAUGACAAGGAGGAUAACCGCAUGAAGAAUGUACCUGUUCCUGUGUACUGUCGCCCCCUGGUGGAGAAGGACCCUAACAGGAAGUUGUGGUGUGCAGCCGGGGUGGACCUGACCGGGUGGAAGGUGGCCUCACAGGAAGUGCGGUCCGGCAGUAGCGACCCCCUGACGGCAGAGAGCAGCGGAGAGGAGAGCAAGAGCAAUCACAGCUCCCCUGAGAAGAAAAAGACCAAGGAGCUUCACGAGACGGACUCCAUGGGCAGCCGAGUGUGGAUCCUCACCAGCACCCACUCUGCCAGCAACGUGGUGGUCAUCGACGCCAACCAGCCAGGCUCUCUGGUUGACCAGUUCAACGUCUGCAACGCCCACGUGCUCUGCAUCUCCAGCGUGCCAGCGGCCAGUGAGAAUGACUACCCUGCGGGGGAGAUAUUCCCAGAGCAGGGUGACGGGGGCUCGGAGGAUGCGGGGGGCAUGGAGGGCAUGCUGGCGGGCAUCACGCUGGUGGGCUGCGCCACUAACUGCAGCGUCGUCCGUAGCAACUGCUCCUCCCGCACUGACACCCCCGUGGUGGACAGAGGCCAAGGUCAUGCGGCUCCGCAGAUGAACGGGAAGCUGAACCCGUCCCAGUCUGCUGAGGAGGCCACGGAGGCCACGGAGGUGCCCGACCCUGCCGGCAGUGAGGAGGUGUCGGGUCCUCCUCGCCCCUUCACCGAACACAUCUUCACAGACCCCCAGCCCCCUCCUGCAGACUCCCAGGGCAGGCAUUCCAGACAGACAAGAGAGGCGAACUCAGCCCAUGACACAGGGGACGGAGAUGAAGAGUCCCGAGGCACCAGCGCUGCUCCAACAAUGUGGCUGGGAGCCCAAAAUGGCUGGCUGUACGUGCACUCUGCCAUUUCCAAUUGGAAGAAGUGUCUGCACUCUAUCAAGCUCAAAGACUCUGUACUCAGCCUUGUGCAUGUGAAGGGAAGAGUGUUGGUGGCUCUAGCAGAUGGGACACUUGCCAUCUUCCACAGAUCAGAAGACGGCCAGUGGGACCUCAGUAACUACCACCUGAUGGACCUUGGGCGCCCCCACCACUCGAUCCGCUGCAUGGCGGUGGUGCAUGACAAGGUGUGGUGCGGCUACAAGAACAAGGUGCACGUUAUCCAGCCCAAGACCAUGCAGAUAGAGAAAUCGUUCGACGCGCACCCGCGCAGGGAGAGCCAGGUGCGGCAGCUGGCCUGGAUCGGGGACGGCGUGUGGGUGUCCAUUCGGCUGGACUCCACACUGCGACUCUUCCACGCGCUCACCCACCAGCACCUGCAGGACGUGGACAUCGAGCCGUACGUCAGCAAGAUGCUCGGAACGGGAAAGCUGGGCUUCUCCUUUGUGCGAAUCACAGCCCUCCUGAUCGCCGGGAACCGCCUGUGGGUGGGCACGGGCAACGGAGUGGUCAUCUCCAUACCGCUCACCGAGACUGUAGUCCUCCACCGGGGACAGCUCCUGGGGUUGAGGGCGAACAAGGUGUCUCCCACGUCGUCAGGCGGGGUGAUCCAUGUGUACGCCGAUGACAGCGCAGAGAAGACCAGCGGGAGCUUCAUCCCGUACUGCUCCAUGGCUCAGGCCCAGCUCUGCUUCCACGGACACCGCGACGCCGUCAAGUUCUUUGUGUCCGUGCCAGGCAAUGUGUUGGCCACCCUGAAUGGCAGCGUGCUGGACAGCCCCACGGAGAACCCUGGCUCAACAGUGCCCCCUGAGUCUGAGGCGCAGAGUGUACAGAACGUGCUGGUGCUGAGUGGGGGAGAGGGCUACAUCGACUUCCGCAUCGGGGACGGAGAGGAUGAUGAGACAGAAGAGAACGCAGGCGAGGUGCAGCAGAUGAAGCCUGCCCUGUCUAAGGCAGAGAGGAGUCACAUCAUCGUGUGGCAGGUGUCCUACGUCCCAGAGUGACACCAAAGUUCUCCUGCAGCCUCCCUCCAUCCCACCCGCCUCCCCCAGCCACCCCACAACCACAGCCGGACCUCCCCUGCACCGUACCAACAAUAAACAGUCAUAAAAUUAACUCAGCUACAGCUGAAUCUAACUCUUUAAACCCACUACCUGCCCUGCCCGCCAAACCUUUCUAUUCAGACCUGCUUCUGACCUAUUUAGAGCCCACCCAGUAAACCCCUGCCACAUUCUGCUCGCAGCUUGCUGAUGGCCACAGGGGGCGCCAAACUUCCAGAAUGACCGCCUUCCUCAUAUGCAAGCUACGGACACAGGGUUUAAUGCGUGACAUAUCCGGAAGGGAGAAUUCAGGAAAUGGAAAAGGUGUGGUUUCGAGGGAAAAUGUAGAAGUUAGGUCAGACUGAUGGGAAUAGAGAAGUUAAAAGAAAAGGACUUUUAGUCACAACGGGCGGAAGCUAAGAGGAUCAAAGCAAGUUGAAACAGGGUUGAGGGUUAUGUUGAUGAGGGAGCUUUCGCAAAGCUUUUCAAGUUGAUUUCUCGCAUACACAGAAAAACGUGUGAACUUAAGUGCAGGAAGUUGCAUGGAAGCGUUCCAGGUAGAAUGACGAGUUUUGACUGGUGAGAAGAGCCACAGAGAAGAAGAGAUGCAUGCAGGGAGGGUACAUACAGGGAUUCAGAGGAGAAACACAUUUGGACUUGACAUUACAUCAUUAACCCAUUAAACCCAUUGAGCAUACAGAUUAUUGCUACAGUGAUCUCUGUAGCCAAAUGGCUGGUUAAGUUUACUUACCCUUAAUUGCAUGACUACUGUAACUUUAACUUAAUCUGACUAUUUAUACUGCACUGAGAAACCUACAGACCAGCAUUACAGUACUGACUCUAGAUGCUUUAUCAGGAAGCCAAAGUGUUUGUAUAUUUGAACCGAAAAUAGCAGGAUUUAUUGUGUACAUAAAUAUAUAUUUAUAAACAUAUACAUAUUAAAAUAAAACGAAAGCAUGAAAAGGGCCAGUUUGUAGACAAAUAGUACAGCAAGUUGCACUGAACUUUUGACAAAGACCACUGAUAAUGAGAAAAAGGGAUAUAGUGUUGUUUUUGAAUGACAACCCUUUUGGGGACCAAGACACCUGCUUUUAAGGGAUUCCCCCUUGACACUCUCUGUCUUGUGAAGUGUGCCUCAGAAAUCAUAUAGUAAAGAUUACAGGGAGCAAAACAGUGGUAUAGGUUCUUAUAUUUUAAACGGGGAGAACUAGUAAACCAAGGAAGAUUGUGAUACAGCUGCAAAUUACCAAGCAGUAUCAAUGAAACCAUAAACCUGACAAAAUUGUGAAAAAUAGAUAUAAUACAUUUACAUGCAUAUCCUUGAUGUUUACAUAAAUACCAAAAUCAAUGCAAUGCAUCAACACUGUACACAGUAGUAGCAGUUCUUCAGACCGGGGAUUGCAUGAACAGAGCUCUAUCUCAUAUCCUUGUGUUUACACCUAAACCACUUAAUGAUUGGUCAGUGCCCUGAUUCUCCUCUGUGACCAUCAGUAAGCUGUGAGCUGAUUGGCCCAUGAACUCCCUGAGUGAGAUUCCAUUGUGUUUCAUAUGUAAACCUCCCUGUAUGUAAAGCAGCAGAACCGUGUGGCCUGAUGCCUCACUCAUCUAAGUUCCCUUUGAAAGGAGGCAGUAAGGAUACCCCUUCCUCUCCUCUUUACCCUCCUUGCUAUGUACUUAACUCCUGAAACAUCUCUUAUCUGUAAUGUAUUAAACCUGUUUGUGCAAUGAA